AUGAUCGCCGGAAUUUGGUACCAACCUGGAAGAGAAAAAUGGCUCAAUUAUUUUUUUUUCUUCUUCUUCUCCUCUAUACAGUUUAUUCUUCUUUCACAUUCAUCUUCACAGAAUUGUAAUUAUUCCCAGGUUAUUUUCAAUAUAUAUACCUUACUUUCUAUGACCACACACAGAAUCAUGUUCAGAAGAUUAGCAAUUACUACCACGAAAGCAAUUUCACCAGUGAUUUCUAGACAACUAUUUUCCACCGUUAACGCUCCGCUUGCUUUACGAGUCUCAAGUGUGGCUUCUACAGCACCAUUAUUUCCAGCUUCAAGAGCUUAUUCAAUAAGUACUCAAGGAGAAAUCAUUGAUGGUAAAAUUGAUAAAAUCACUGAUAAUGAAUAUUCCAACAUUUCUAAUGAAUAUUUAGAAUCUUUAUCUGAUUCAUUAGAAGAAUUAAGUGAAAGUUUCCCACAAGUCGAUGCUGAAUUAAGUCAUGGAGUCUUGACUUUACAUUUACCACCUCAUGGUACUUAUGUUAUUAAUAAACAACCUCCAAAUAAACAAAUCUGGUUGAGUUCUCCAAUAAGUGGUCCAAAAAGAUACGAUUUGAUUGGUGGAAAAUGGAUCACUUUAAGAGAUGGUUCUGCACUUACUGAAUUACUUGAAGAAGAAAUCAGUCUGGCUAUAGGUGAAGAAUUCAAAUUAGAUAAUCUCCAAGAAUUAUAA